ACAGUCAAUAACCAAUGAAGACUGAUUUUAAGCGUGGCACGGGGGCGGGCUUUUUCUGAGAGGGCCGAUUCGGGGUGAAGAGUCUGAAACUGACCCUGGAGCAGUCAGAGCACAUCCGGUAUUGCAAGAGCUGGGAGGCUCCCGAGAGGCAGGUUAAGAAGAGCAGAAGCUUUGUCCCACAGACUGGAACCAUGAACAUAUUUGAUCGGAAGAUCAACUUUGAUGCACUUCUAAAAUUUUCCCACAUAACCCCAUCGACACAGCAGCAUCUGAAGAAAGUCUAUGCCAGUUUUGCUCUGUGUAUGUUUCUGGCAGCUGCAGGAGCCUAUGUCCAUGUGGUCACUCAUUUUAUUCAGGCUGGCCUUCUGUCUGCCUUGGGCUCUCUGGCGUUGAUGAUUUGGCUGAUGGCAACACCUCAUAGCCAUGAGACUGAGCAGAAAAGAUUGGGACUGCUUGCUGGAUUUGCUUUCCUUACAGGAGUUGGCCUGGGCCCUGCCCUGGAGUUGUGCAUUGCUGUCAAUCCUAGCAUCCUUCCCACUGCUUUCAUGGGCACAGCAGUAAUCUUCACGUGCUUCACUCUGAGUGCUCUCUACGCCAGGCGCCGGAGCUACCUCUUCCUGGGAGGUAUCUUGAUGUCAGCCAUGAGCCUAAUGGUCUUGUCUUCCCUUGGAAACCUUUUCUUUGGAUCCAUUUGGCUUUUCCAGGCAAACCUGUAUAUGGGACUGGUGGUCAUGUGUGGUUUUGUCCUUUUUGAUACUCAACUCAUUAUUGAAAAAGCUGAACAUGGAGAUAAGGAUUAUAUCUGGCACUGCAUUGAUCUCUUCUUAGAUUUCAUUACUCUCUUCAGAAAACUUAUGAUGAUCCUGGCAAUGAAUGAGAAGGACAAGAAGAAAGAGAAGAAGUGAAAUGACCAUUCAGCCUUUCCCAGUUUGGCUUCUCUCCCUCCACCCUUCAUUUCCUCUUUGCACACAUUACAGGUGGCGUGUUCUAUGAUAAUGAAAGGCAUCAGAAAAGCUUUUGUACUUUGUGGUUUUCUCUAUUUUGAAUUUUUUGAUCAAAAAAAAUGAUUAGCAGAAUAUAGUUUGGAGUUUGGCUUCAUAUUCCUGGGGUUCUUCCUCUGUCCCUUUUGUCAGCCGAUCGCUAGCCCUUGCUCUACUCUGUAGUGUGCCCAACUCUGUGAGGAGUGAGGCCAGCUGAGGGAACAACCUCCAGGAGUCCAUCAUCCAGUGGACCACAGUUUGGUAGAGCCACAUCAGUCCACCCUUCCUCGACAUUGUUUGGUUUGCACUGUGGGACUGGGCAGUGUGUUUUCUACUAGGAAGAAGUUCACUGGCCCUGUGGUUAACACAGGCUCAUAUUUGAGCUGAUGGCCCUGCAAAGAAGGCAAAGAGCCUCUUUGAUGGAUGUUUGGAUUCCUCUGAGCUUCUCAAGCUUGUCAGGCAAAUGCUCUUUUCCUUGCCAUCACAAAGCGAGUGUAGGCUUGUGUGUAUUCCCUUUCCUACCCAUGCCUGACCCUGAGGGAAUCUGCUUUCCAUCUGUGGGGUAGGAGGACUUCAGCAGAAAGGGACAACUGUGUCUCAUCAGGCAUUUAUGAGAAGGCUUAGUAUGAAUGGCAAGGUAGACAGCACAGAUCGUUCAAAUUGACCUUUUUUGUAUUGUUUUUGUUGUUGAUUUCUAAAAUUAUCACCUUAAUUACUAAGUGGCCUCCACUUGGUGGCUGUGACUAAAGGUCCCAAGAAAGGAAAGAUAAGGACGGGGAAUGGUUGAAUCUCUAAAUCCUGCCAGACAAACCUAGAUAAAGACUGGGGGACAGGGAAGGACAGAUCCCUUCAAGUGAGUGGGUCCUUGUGCAGACAAGUUGUGGCCAUGCUAUGAUUUGGGAGGCAACAUCUUAAAGCCCUUCAGUACAUUUUUGUCUACCCCCACCUGGACACAUAGGGAAUGUAAGACCAGAGAUCCAAGGCAGCAGAGAAAUAAAUGUUCAUUUUACAGAUGCACUUUAAUUUUUGGUCUACUCACCUUUCAGAAAGCUGCAGGUAGGAGCCAGGUGACCAAACUUGCAAGAGCUCCAGUUCCCUGCAGCUUUGUGAUUAUAGGUGUGGAUGAGCAGUCCUAAUGGGAGGAUUGCCAGUUCUUUCCUGUGGGCUACUACAGCCAGCUUACACAAAAGGGCAGCAUUGGAAGUAGUCACGGGCCUGGCUUUAAUGCAAGAGGCUCAGGCUAUUGAAAGUACAUUAACCAAUGAGAUGCUAUUUCUGACUUUUCCUGUUAGAACCAGUGCACAGUUUGACACAGAGGUUGCUGGUUGCAGUAUGCUGUGUCACUAAGCCAUUGCGAAACUUCCUGGAGUGGCUCACUUCCACUGACGAUGCUGCCCUUUGACUUAGCUGCUGCCUCUAGCCUCUGGCUUAAGAACUUACUAAAUGGAUUUCCUUCCUGUUAAGCCCUCCUUAGCAGCUCUCCAUAACUUUGGUGAUUCUCUGCCACGCCUGAGAAUCUGAAAUACACCUCUUGAAGCCAAACUCCACCUCUUAUGCUUUAUUGCUUGGGAUAAAGGAGUUUUUCUUUAGAGACAGUGCCAAGAAUGACAACAUACAAAGAAAGUACUUUAAAAGUAAAUGCCUAACAGAUUUUUAAUACAAGUAUCAUUGUAAUUUUCACUUUCUUUUCUAGUUCCUUGUUUUCAGCCCAGGCUGCAUUCUCUAACUCAUACUGUGAAGACAGAGGUGUUUUUGAUUCAAAAAUAUAUGAUAUCUACAUAGUCUUAAUUUGUAAAAAAUAAAGAAAAUUCCUUAACCUUU